GUGGUCUAUUCUCUCACUGUCCCAAGUCAUAGCCUUGAGCCCUCAUUUCAAAACCCCCCACCGACCGCUGAUUUCUCAUCCAACUCAGCAGCCGCAGGGGACACGAUCCUCCGAUGACCGGCGAUCAGAGGAAUCCGGACAUGGAGGCGGAGCGCCCGGUGAAUUACUCCUACCUCGGGAGGAACUUCAGCGAUUUGAGCGUCAAUGACGACUCCUCCGCCUUCAGCGACUGCAACAGUGACAGAUCCGGGGAGUUCCCGACGACCUCGUCCGAGAGCCGCCGGCUGCUCAUAGCCUGCGCCGCGGAGAACUCCGAGGAGCUGAUUCGCCAGCUCGUGUCUGACCUCCAGUCCUGUUCCAUCGACGAGCAGAAGCAGGCGGCCAUGGAGAUUCGGCUCCUCGCCAAGAACAAGCCGGAGAAUCGCCUCAGAAUCGCCAGAGCUGGCGCGAUUAAGCCUCUAAUCGCGCUCAUCUCCUCCACCGAUCUCCAGCUCCAGGAGUACGGCGUCACCGCGAUUUUGAACCUCUCCCUCUGCGAUGAGAACAAGGAGCUCAUCGCCGUUUCCGGGGCGAUACGGCCACUGGUCAGAGCUCUCAGAGCAGGAACGCCAACGGCGAAAGAAAACGCCGCCUGCGCUCUGCUGCGACUGUCACAGAUGGAGGAGAACAAGGCGGCGAUCGGGCGGUCGGGAGCGAUUCCCCUCCUAGUGGACCUUCUGGAGACCGGAGGUUUCCGCGGCAAGAAGGACGCGUCGACGACCCUGUACUCGCUCUGCUCGGUGAGAGAGAACAAAAUCCGAGCGGUAGUGGCGGGGAUCAUGAGGCCACUGGUGGAGCUGAUGGCGGACUUCGACUCGAACAUGGUGGACAAAGCGGCGUUCGUGAUGAGCGAGCUGGUGACGGUGCCAGAGGCGAGGGCGGCGGUGGUGGAGGAAGGGGGGAUCCCGGUGCUGGUGGAGAUAGUGGAGGUGGGGACGCAGAGGCAGAAAGAGAUUGCGGCGGUGAUCCUCCUGCAGAUAUGCGAGGAGAGCGUGGUGUUCCGUACAAUGGUGGCACGGGAGGGAGCGAUCCCGCCGCUGGUGGCUCUGUCGCAGUCCGGCACGAAGCGCGCCAAACAAAAGGCGGAAGCACUGAUAGAGCUCCUACGGCAACCGAGAUCCGGCAGGACCACUGCUUAAAGGCGAAUCCUCGCCUCGACCGCAGCCCCCAAGUGUCGGUCGGUCGAGGCCCAACUCCUCUUCCCUACCUUACCUUUAUCUUCUUCUUUUCUUUACUUUUUUUGUGUAAAGAAACAAUUAGAGAGAAGAGAAUCAUCAUCAAAGAAAAAGACGAGAAAGAGAGCCUCCCAAGAAAAAAGAACAAAAAAAAAAAAACACCUUGUAAAUAUCUUUGUGAUAAACCAUGUCAGCUUAGCAUUUUUGUUUGGCCAGAGGCUCGUGAAAGUCAGCUCGCGUUUUCUUGAGUCUGGUGUUGUUUUGAUCCGAGGUUUCUUGGGUUUUCUGGUUUAAGGGAGACUUUAAGCUCUGAGAUUGCCUCUUUUACCGGCUCA